AUGCGCCUGCUCGCUGGAGGCCUGACAGACACGCCCACAGAGCAGCCAAUCCCCGAGCGGUGGGGCGGGGCCUCCAUCGCGCUCCCCACCCUCCGGCCGCCUAUUGGCCAGACUGCCUCAGUCACAACGCUGAUUGGUCACUUGUGCCUGACAGGGUACAGGCAGGCUGCUGGCCCGUCACUUCACCUCAGCGCGGAAGGACUGGACGUCGCUGAACCUCUAGCGCUCCUGGGGACAGGGUGGGCAGCGCGGCAGGACAGCGGGGAGGCUGACGGGAACGCACCCUGCACCUUGGCCUUGAGCAUUCCAAUGGCCAUGAGGCCGAACAGGUCUCCAGAGGAGAGCACUGAGGGAGAUGCCGGGAGAACAGAGCGGAAGCCCACGGUGAGAGAUGCUUUCAAAGACAUCUCCGUAUACUUCUCCAAGGAAGAAUGGGAAGAGAUGGGAGAAUGGGAAAAAAUCCGAUAUAGGAAUGUGAAAAGAAACUAUGAAGCGCUGAUUGCUAUAGGUUUCAGAGCCACUCGACCGGAUUUCAUGCAUCACCGCAGGCAGGUCAUCAAACCCCAGGUAGAUGACACUGAGGAUUCUGAUGAAGAAUGGACACCAAGGCAGCAAGGUAAACCUUCUUCAAUGCCCUUCAGAGUGGAGCACAGUAAACACCAGAAGAGAAUGUCCAGGGCACCAUUAAGUAAGGAAUCUAGUUUGAAGGAAUUGUCCGGAGUAGCAAAAUUGCUGAAGACAAGUGGCUCCAAGCAGGCUCAGAAACCAGUGCCCCAUCACAGAAAAGCAAGGACCCCUGGACAGCACCCCAGACAAAAAUGCGAACUCAGAAGAAAGGAGACUGGAGUGCAGAGGUAUAGUCUACGGGAAAGAAAGGGCCACGUGUACCAAGAGGUCAGCGAGCCCCAGGAUGAUGACUACCUCUAUUGUGAGGAGUGUCAGAACUUCUUCAUCGACAGCUGUGCUGCCCAUGGGCCCCCAACCUUUGUAAAGGACUGUGCAGUGGAAAAGGGGCAUGCCAAUCGUUCAGUCCUCACGCUGCCCCCUGGGUUAAGCAUCAGACUGUCGGGCAUCCCUGACGCUGGGCUUGGAGUGUGGAACGAGGCGUCCGAUCUGCCGCUGGGCCUGCACUUUGGCCCCUACGAGGGCCAGAUCACAGACGAUGAAGAGGCCGCCAACAGUGGAUACGCCUGGAUGAUAACCAAAGGGAGGAACUGCUACGAGUAUGUGGAUGGAAAGGACACGUCUUGGGCCAACUGGAUGAGGUAUGUGAACUGUGCCCGGGACGACGAGGAGCAGAACCUGGUGGCCUUCCAGUAUCACGGGCAGAUCUUCUACCGAACCUGCCAGGUGGUCAGGCCGGGCUGUGAGCUGCUGGUCUGGUACGGGGACGAGUAUGGUCAGGACCUUGGCAUCAAUCGGGAGAGCAGGGGGAAGAGUGAGCUCGCGGCCGGGAGAGAACCAAAGCCCAAGAUCCACCCAUGUGCCUUCUGCUCUCUGGCCUUCUCCAGUCAGAAAUUCCUCAGCCAACACACCCAACGCAGUCACCCCUCUCAGACCCUCCUGAGACCAUCCGAAAGAGAUCUCCUCCAACCAGAGGAUCCCUGCCCAGGCAAUCAAAAUCAGCGAUAUUCAGAUCCACACAGCCUAAGCGACAAACCUGAGGAUCAGGAGGCCAAGGACAGGCCCCAACCUUUGCUGAAAAGCGAGGAUUACUGCAGCCACCCCAUGCCUCAGCUCUAA